AUGCGUGAAGUCAACUUCUCCAUCCCCAACGCCAACAAGGCCUCUGUCAACAUCACGACUGCGCUCUACGACCGCCGUGCGCUCGACUGCACCUCGACCCUGCCGCUCAUCAACUCCCUCAACCACCUGGCAUACCUCACCACAUCCUCGGCGCGGAUACGCGACAUCCUCACCGUCGAUGGUGGCAUCGAGCGGUUGAUAUGCAUCCUCAAGGAGGGCCGGAGCAAGGACAUGAUGGACAUGUGGAAGUGGAACCUUGCCUUCCAGUGCAUCUUCAACAUUGGCGUACGUGGCUCGGAGAAUGUCCGGACACGCGUGGUCGAGGCCGACAUGGUUCCUGUCAUCGCUACAAUCCUCGACAACUACAUCAAGGUAGUGGACAAGUGCAGAGAGCGAGCGGAAGCAGAGCUGCGAAGGAACGCUCGCCUUGGCACCUCCGGCCGUCACCACUCCUCCCGCUCCGGCGAGAUCGCAUCCAGCUCAGGACACAGGGCUGAGCGUACACGCCGUGCCAUCCCGCCUCCCAUCGAGAUCCCCCAGGCGUUCAACCACAGCCAGGUGCCGCUGGAGUCACAGAAUGGCGACAUAACCCCUACGCCAGCCUUUUCUCUGAGCUCACCGCCUGAGCGUACCUCGUUUACUCGCGGGCGCCCACCGCACCACCACCAUAGGAGCCACGAGAACAGAGCGCAGCUAUUUGGUCCUGUCGGCACGAACACGCGCAACAUUGGCCAGCCGCUUGUGUCUGCUCUACCGACCAUGGAGACGACCGAGACCUUCACCUUGAGGCCAGUGCGCGAUGCUGAUCGGUUGCCCUCCAUGCUCCCCGCGUUGCAAGGGGAGAUCACUUCCCAGCCCGAGUCUCCUACCACACCAGGCGCCGCACAAGCUCGCCAAGGCAGCCCCCGCGCCGCCAUCACACGUGUUCGACGCCGCCCCUCUAUCCGACACCAGUUGUCCAUGUCUGGCGAGUCUGAUCUCGAUGCCCAACAAGAUGACAUUGCUGCUGAGGCAACCACAACGGCUGGUACCGCUGUGAGCGAGCCGAUCGUUGGCAUCCAGAACAAUGACAUUAACAUGUCGGAUAUUGUCGACAAUGCAGAGAUGUUGGAUGCAGGAGCUACGCCAGUACCCAUUGCAGCACCAUCCGAUGCCACUGACGAGAAUCACGAGACAUUCAACAUUACCCACCGCCCUGCUCUGGACGGAAGCUUGAUAAACCCUACAACGCAGGCGACUGCGCCCAUUGGUGGUUUCUCUCCGGUCCAACCCGCAAUCAACGUAGUCAACACCAACCCCCCUCCACCGUGGUACCCUCGCUACACCCAAGACCGAACAUCAGCCACAGCCGGUGCAUUAGCCGCCAUGCCGCGAGACGAAGACGUUUUGAUGUCCCUGCAGUUGCUGGCCUACGUCUCAAAAUACUGCAACUUGAGGUCCUACUUCCAAAAGUCGCACCUUGUUCCCAAACUCAAGAUUGGCAAUGAUCUGCAGCUGCUUGACGGAGAGACGGCGAGCCCUACGCCGAUGGCAGAGGACGAGGAAGAUUUGGAAGAGUACGAGCUGCCAGAUGACUUCAACAUCUUCCCUCUUGUGGAAAAGUUUACCGUACGACACCACACGUCCGACAUGCAGUACUGGGCUAGUGUUGUCAUGCGGAACCUCUGCAGGAAAGACGAUUCGCGGGGAGGCAUUCGUCAGUGCGCGUACUACCAGUGUGGCAAGUGGGAAGACAAAGAGUGCCAAAAGAGCGCGUGGGUCUACCACCGACACUGGUGCGUAGCAGCGAAUUAG